AUGAGUUUCUUACAAGAAGAAUUAGAUAAAUGUGUUGAAUGGGUUAAUCUUUAUCUUGACAAAGAAAAUCCAAUUCAAAAAGUUGAACAACUUCAAGAUGGAACUAAAUUAAUAGAAAUUGUUGAAAAAUUAUCAGGAAAAAAAGCACCACGAUAUUUUCCAAACGGACAAACAAUAUUUCAAAUACAAGAAAACCUUAAUAUACUUUUAAGUCUUGUUAAAAGUUGUUAUGGGAGUGAUAUUAUGUUUGAUGUAACUGAAUUAGCACGAGGAAAUAUUCAACAAUUCUUAAGUUUAGUAUUUUUUAUUGCAAAGAAGUCAAACACAAGAAUUGAAAAGAAAAAAAAAUUCAUUUCAAAUAAGCCAAGUGUCAAUUCAGUGUUUGAAUCUAAGACUGAAAAUAGUCUAGAACUCAACACUAAAACUAAUAAUAAUUCUGUUGAAUCUAUUCAAGAACUAAAUCCUUCUCAUUCUGAAGUAAAAUCAACUUCUUCUGAUAAUUUAGAUAAUCAAAUAUUCCAAAAUGAAUUACCUGUAAAUGAAAUACAAAUUGAUGUUGUUAUCUCACAAAUAUUUUCUAAUUUAAAUAAAAUGGAAUUGAUUACAAAAGACUUAGAAGAAAAAAGAAUAAAUAAACUGGAAAAAGAAAAAUUAUCAAAAGUCCAUGAAGAAAUGCAAAUUCAAGACGUUCCAGAAUUUAAGAAAUUAAAUACUUUAUUGGGUGAGAGUGUCCCUAUAAUAGAUGCCAAUCAAACUAAUACACCUCAACUUGAAAAUCAAAUAGAUGAUUAUAAUAAAGAUGUUCUUACAGAUAAUAACCUUGUUGAAAGUGAGACUGUAAAUGAUUUAAUACAUCAACAGAAAGAAUCAACCCAACAACUAAUAGAAAAUGAAAAACUAAAUGAAGAAACUAUAACAACACAAAAAGAUCCUGGAGUAAUUCAAGAAAAUAUGAAAUCAACAGAAGAACAAACACCAAUUCAACAACAAGAAGAAAUAGAAAAUAAACAAAAAACAGAAGAACAAACACCAAUUCAAACAAAUGAAGAACAAAUAACAACUCAACAAAAGGAAGAAGAAAACAAAAUAACAACAGAAGAACAAACACCAAUUCAACAACAAGAAGAAAUAGAAAAUAAACAAACAAAUGAAGAACAACGAUGGAACGAAAAAGAAUAUGAUAUAAAUGCUAUAAAAGAGAUUCAAAGAAGAGUUAUGGGACACUUAAGUAGAGUAUCAAGUCAUUCAACAAUGAGACUAUUAGCUCAAAGAAAGAAUAUUGUUAAAGAAUUAAUUGAUACCGAACAAAUUUAUAUUAGUCGAUUACAACAAUUUCUCGACUAUUAUUUAAAAGCAGUCAUAGAAUUAUUACCAAAUGAUAAAUUAUUAAAAAAAUGUAAAGAAGAUAUAUUAGUUAUAUUAGGAUAUAAUAAGAGAAUUUAUACUAAUUUAAUUGACCUUCAAAAGAAAGGAUAUUAUUAUGGACAAGGCAUUGGAAGUGUAUUUCAGAAAUUGUCACAUUUUCUUAAAACAUAUUGUAGUUAUGUUAAUAGUACAGAUGAUAUAAAUGAACAUGAAAAUAAAUUAAGAAAAUCAAAUAAACAAUUUGAAAGUACUAUUAAUAAGAUUAGAACAACUCGUAAAAUGGAAUCAUUUAAUUCUUAUGUUAUUCUUCCUAUUCAACGUAUUCCUAGAUAUGGACUAUUAUUAAAAGAACUUAUUAAAACAGUACCACCACAACACGAUGAAUACAAAGAACUGUAUGAUUCAUUACAAAGAAUAACAGAAGUUGGGAUGAUAGUAAAUGAAAAUAAAAGAAAAAAGGAAAAUCAACAAAUUACUAUUCAACUUUUAAGUAAAUUUAAAUAUUCACAAGGUAUUAAUCCAAUUGAAUUAAAAGGAUCUACAACAUUUGUAAAAUUUGGAGUAUUAACAUUAUGUGACGCUGAACCAAAAGCCAAAAGCAGAAAUGUCAAUGUCUUUUUGUUUAAUGAUAAUUUAGUCAUUGCAAAAAUAUUAACAACUGGUACUUUACAUAAAGGAAAAUUAAUUCCUGAAACAUUAGAACCUAUUCUAGAAUCUAAAAAACAAUUAAAUGUAGAAUUAGUUAUUCCUUUUGAACGGUUUACAGUUGUUGAUUGUGUUGAUAUUGAAGGAUCACCAGCUUUUGGUCUUGUAAUUGAUUCAGGAGAGACACUAAGAUUUUCUUGUUCAAAUAAAGAUAUAAAAAUGAGUUGGUGUGCUAAAUUAGAUAAUCAAAUUUCACAAACCCAAGAACAAACAUUAGUCACAAUUACUUGUUCAAAUCCUGAAUUAAUUUCUCAAUACAAACAAAAUAUUUCAAUAAAUGAUAAAGAGUAUUUAAAUCAACUUGUAUGGCAAGGAGAUGUUGGAGAUAAUGAUCAAUAUUUAAUAUUAACUGGAAAAUAUUUGGCAUUAUUUAAUAAUGUUAUGGAUGCUUAUAAAAAAACUUCCCCUAUUUCACUUUAUUUAACCCAAUGUCUUUCUGUUAUAUUUGAACCUCCAACAUCAUUUUCUAUAAUUAAUUAUUGUGAUGAUAAUAAAGAAAAAAUUACAUUUAAAACUACAUCUACAGCAGCAGCAUUAUUAUGGGUAUUUUAUAUUAGACAAUCAUUUAUUAAACAACAUAGUUUUUAUAAAACCUGUCUUGAAAUAUUUAAAGAAGAAAAAUUUACUCUCCAAUUAAAUUCAUGUGAUAUUGUAUAUGGAUUAAUACAAAAUAAAUAUAAUAAAAAAUGUGCUGAUUGUGGAACUACACCAAUACAUUGUGUUGAUAUGGAUUUUGGAUGUUUCUUAUGUUUAAAAUGUGGAAUGAUACAUAAAAACUUUUUAAAGAAAUUAGGUAUUUGUAAAAUAGAAGAUAUACAAAAACACUCAGUGGACGAUAUACAACAUCUCAUUUCAUUAGGAAAUGCUUUUGGAAAUAUUGAAAGGAUUGGAUCAUGUGAAGACUGUUCAGAAGAAAAGACAAACGUUGGAGAUAAAAAUCAAUACCUUUUAAAAAAAUAUAACAUAGAAGGUUUUGCCCAUAAAGGUUUUGUAACUGAUUCACAAAGAAAGUCUCGUGUAUUAAAAUUAGAUGAAACAACAGAAAAAAAGGAAAUUGAAUCAGACAGUCAGAAAUCUUCUGGAACUAAUUUAGAACGAACAGACUUAUCAGAGAAUGAUAGGAAAAGCCAAAAAAAGAAGUCAGGUGAAAAGAAAGAAAAGAAAGCAAAUUUGUCUGAUAAAAAGCGAAAAAGAUCCAUUUUCUAA